AUGGCUGACUGGAGGUAUGACGCAGGCGAUCGGUACGGCGAUAGAUACGCCGCCGAUCGCGGGCGGGGUGCUGGGACACCGCCAAACAGUGUCAAACGCCGACGAGACUACGAGUACGACGCGCCGCCCCCUGGUUCCGCAAUGUACGGCGGAAUCGGCGGUCCCCCAAGGGGGUCUGGAGCUCCGGGCUACGGCGCUCCUGGCGGGUGGCGGGACGCCGACCCUGCGGGGCUGAGACGAGGCGAUCUGAGCUCCAUGGCACCACCCGGUAUGGCGCCACCUGGCACGCUUGGGAUGGGCGGCAUGGCGGACGACCAUCUGGGCCCGCCUCCCCCCGGAUCGGGCAUGCGCAGCCUCGGCGGAAUGGACCUGGCGGGUCCGCCCAUGCCGCGCGGGCCGGGGGGUCCGCCGAUGCCCAUGCCUGGCGGGAUGGGCGCGCCGGGGGUGGGUCCGGGGGGGAUGCCGCCGAUGGACAUGCAUCCGGGGGACAUGCCGAUCCCGCACGACGCGUCCCCCACGCUGUACAUCGACAACCUGCCGCCUGACUGCUCGCGCCGCGAGGCCUGCCACAUAUUCCGGCCGUUCAUCGGCUUUAAGGAGGUGCGCCUCGUGCCCAAGGAAGUGCGCCGGGGCGGCGAGCCGGAGAAGCUCAUCCUCUGCUUCGUCGACUUCGCCGACGCGCGCUGCGCCGCCACGGCGCUAGAGGCCCUGCAAGGGUACCGUUUCGACGAGAACGAUUACACGUCGCCGAACCUGCGAAUCGAUUUCGCCCGCCAGGGCCCGCGCAGCCACCCGCGCGACGACUUCCGCCGCGACGACCGCGACUUUGGCCGCGGAGGCGGUGCCGGAGGGCCCCCCUUCCGCCCCCGCCGCUGA